AUGUUUAGUGAGGAGAUGACUCUUGAGGAGUAUGAGAAGGUGCGCGAAGAGAAGAGGAAGGCUCUGCAGACUCUUAAAACCGAGGAAAGGAAGGUUGAUGUUAAGGUGUUUGAAUCCAUGCAACAACUUUCAAACAAGAAGAACAAUGAGGAUGUCUUCAUCAAAUUGGGAUCUGACAAGGAUAAGCGAGCUGAGAAGGAAGAGAAAUCCAAGAAGUCUGUCAACAUCAAUGAGUUCUUGAAGCCUGCGGAAGGCGAAUGGUACUACAGUCCUGGUGGGCGUGGGCGUGGGCGUGGACGUGGAAGUGGUGGCAGAGGAGGUUACAGUGGAAGUGGCAGAAUGAGCAAUGUGGAAGCCGCCCCUUCCAUUGAAGAUCAAGGGGAGUUCCCAACCUUAGGUUCCAAGUGA